AUGUCGGCUACAAGCAGUCCCGUGGAGCAGAGACUCCCUCACCGUUCGUCGACGAUGAGGAGCUCCAUCGGUCCGGACCGUCGGGCGUCAGUGAGCGAUGACGAGGCUGUCCCGGGUUCGGAUAGCAAUGAGACUACGAACCUUCUCCUUGAGCGUCUCCGUGCUUGGAAACAUAUGUGUGGUUAUUUGGAGGAUUAUGUGGAAGUCACAGCCAAAGUGCAGAAGUCGCAAGCGAAGGAUUAUGAGAAAGUUCUGAAGACUGUCAGCGAUCCGCUUCGGGAGGGGCACCAUUUCUCUCAGAGUGCGGGCGGAGUUUCGGGAUGGUUUGAGAAUAUUCGGACCAAUACUCAGGGGAUUGUGAAUGGGUACCUUGACACGGAAAAGAACUUGAAAGGAUCCGUGCUGCCGACCCUUGAGCGUCUCCACAAAGAGAUCAAGAACAAGUCCAAGGAGCUGCAGAGCGGCGCGUCCAAGAGCGCCAAGGCCGUUGAAAAGGCGCGAGGCGUGACGCAGAAACAUAUCGAGCUCCUCGGUCAGCAGGUCGCAUCGUUUGAUUCGACUGCGGGGAACAAAUUCGACCAUGCCCACGACCCAUACAUCUUGCGCCGCGGGGUCAAUCACCGCUUGAACAAGCAGGUCAUCGAGGAGAACAACAACCGCCAGGACAUCAUCGCCGUGCAGAACAACUUUCAGCAGUUCGAGGCGCACGUUCUGCAAACCGUCCAGGCCGCCAUCGAGCAGUUCAACGUGUUUGUGGGCGGCCAACUCGACCGGCAACGGAGCAUGUACAGCGACAUGCUGGGCGCUGCCCAGCGCAUUCCUCCGGACUUUGAAUGGGUUAAUUUCAUCACGCGCAACGCCAACGUGCUGGUGGACCCCGACUCACCGCCGAGAUCGCUGUCCAACAUCUCCUUCCCCAACCAGGAUCACCGCGCCACCGUCCCACUCAUCGAGGGCAGUCUGGAGCGCAAGUCGCGGGCCAUGCUGAAAGGCUACAGUACGGGCUACUAUGUUGUCACACCUGCUCGGUACCUGCAUGAGUUCAAGGACAACGAUGACUUCCGCCACGAUCCUUCUCCCGAGCUGUCUCUGUACCUGCCCGACUGCGUGAUUGGAGGCGUCGACGGUAACAAGUUCACUAUCAAAGGCAAGGAUGUUUCCGGCGGCAAGGUCGGCAACGCCUUCCACACCACCAGCGAGUUGAACUUCAAAGCACAUACUCCGAGCGACGCGGAGAAAUGGUGGAGCGUCAUCCGGGACUCAGCCAAGGCUGCCCCGGCACACUCGCCCGUGUCGCAGCCCACUAGCCCUGUGGUAGCCGGGGGGGCUGCCGCUGCUGCCACCGAGAGUGGAGCUGCUGCUACAGGUGCUGCCGCAGGCGAGGCACAACAGCAUCCUCCAGCCUACGCCGAAAAGGAAAGCUUUGCGCCAGCCGCUGCCGUCGAGGCGCCGACUCCUACCACCCCGGCCGCUGAGACUGGGCUCAACCGCUCAACAAGCUCCGGCACCGGCCACUACCACAUGGGACCGGGUGGAACAUCUGUUGCGCCUGAUGCAUCUGCUCCAAGUGCUGAGAAGUCAUGA